GUAACUCAGCAGUCAUGAGAGUUUCUGUGUGAUGUGUUCUGCGUGACUCUACUGGGUGUUGUGAGAGGAGGUUAGUCAAGCUCAGAACUCCAAACAUGUGUCUUCGCUGGAUGCUGUGAAUUUAGCUCAAGCAAGCUCAGAACUUCACACAUGGAUUUAGUCACCUAUGAUGACGUGCAGGUGAACUUCACUCAGGAUGAGUGGGCUUUGCUGGAUCCUUCUCAGAAGAGUCUCUACAAGGGUGUGAUGCUAGAGACCUAUAGGAAUCUCACAGCUAUAGGUUACAUUUGGGAAGAACAUACGAUUGAAGACCAUUUUCAAACUUCUCGAAGUCAUGGAAGGCAUGAAAGAAGUUGUUCUCCAGAGCAACCCUCUGACUUUAUUCAAUGUGGUAAAGCCUUUGCAUAUGAGAGUGGUAGACAAAGGCAUCAAAUUAAACAUAAUGGAGAGAAACACCAUGACUGUAACCAAUGUGGUAAGGACUUUAGAACAUGGAAUGUCCUGCAAAUACAUAAGCGAACACAUACAGGAGAGAAACCCUAUGACUGUAAACAAUGUGGUAAAGUCUUUGCAAGAAGCUGUCAUCUCCAAAUACAUAAUCAAACACAUGCAGGAGAGAAACAGUAUGAAUGUAACCAAUGUGGUAAAGCUUUUGAAAGAAGGAGUCACCUCCAAAUACAUAAGCGAACACAUACAGGAGAGAAACCCUAUGAAUGUAACCAAUGUGGAAAAGCCUUUGCAAGAAGUGGUGUCCUCCAAAAACAUAAACGAACACAUACAGGAGAGAAACCCUAUGAAUGUAAACAAUGUGGUAAAGCCUUUGCAGUAAUCUCUACUCUCCAAAUGCAUAAGCGAACACAUACAGGAGCCAAACCCUAUGAAUGUAAACAAUGUGGUAAAGCCUUUGCAGUAAUCUAUACUCUCCAAAGGCAUAAGCAAACACAUACAGGAGAGAAACCCUAUAAAUGUAAACAAUGUGGUAAAACCUUUGCACGAAGCAGUCAUCUCCGAAUACAUAAGCGAACACAUACAGGAGAGAAACCCUAUGAAUGUAAACAAUGUGGAAAAGCUUUUGCAAGAAGUGGUGUACUCCAAGAACAUAAACGCACACAUACAGGAGAGAAACCCUAUGAAUGUAAACAAUGUGGUAAAGCCUUUGCACAAAGCAGUCAUCUCCGAAUACAUAAGCGAACACAUACAGGAGAGAAACCCUAUGAAUGUAACCAAUGUGGAAAAGCCUUUGCAAGAAGUGGUGACCUCCAACAACAUAAACGAACACAUACAGGAGAGAAACCCUAUGAAUGUAAACAAUGUGGUAAAGCCUUUGCACAAAGCAGUCAUCUCCGAAUACAUAAGCGAACACAUACAGGAGAGAAACCCUAUGAAUGUAACCAAUGUGGAAAAGCCUUUGCAAGAAGUGAUGACCUCCAAAAACAUAAACGAACACAUACAGGAGAGAAACCCUAUGAAUGUAAACAAUGUGGUAAAGCCUUUGCACAUAGCAGUCAUCUCCACAAACAUGAGCGAACACAUACAGGAGACAAACCCUAUGAAUGUAACCAAUGUGGUAAAGCCUUUGCAGAAAGCAGUACUCUCCAAAUCCAUAACCGAACACAUACAGGAGACAAACCCUAUGAAUGUAACCAAUGUGGUAAAGCCUUUGCAGUAAUCUCUACUCUCCAAAUGCAUAACCGAACACAUACAGGAGAGAAACCCUAUAAAUGUAAACAAUGUGGUAAAGCCUUUGCACAAAGCAGUCAUCUCCGAAUACAUAAGCGAACACAUACAGGAGAGAAACCCUAUGAAUGUAAACAAUGUGGUAAAGCUUUUGCACAAAGCAGUCAUCUCCGAAUACAUAAGCAAACACAUACAGGAGAGAGACCCUAUGAAUGUAACUAGUAUGGUAAAGCCUUUGCAGGAAGCAGUGGUCUCCAAUGCCAUAAAAGAUAAAUACAGGAGAGACACCAUAUGAAUGUAACCAAGGUGGUAAACCCUUUGAAGGAAGCAGUGGUCUUGAAUAUCAUAAUCGAACACACACAGCUGAAAAACCCAGGAAUGUAACCAAUGUGGUAAAGUCUUUGCAGGAAGGAGUGACCUUUAAAGAGAAAAGACCAUACAGGAGAGAAACUCUAUGUAGGUAUCUGAUGUUAUAAAGCCUUUGCAGCAAGCAUUGAUCUCCAAGUACAUAAAUGAACAUAUACCAGAGAGGAACCUUUUAAACGUAACCAAUGUGGUUAACCUUUUUCGAAAACCAAUAGUCUUUACACACAUAAAAGCACAUAAAGUUGAGAGAAAUGCUUUGAUUUUAACCAAUGUGGUUAAACUUUUUCAAAAAGCAGUCAUCAACAAAAUCAUGAAAGAGCACGUAUAGGAGAGAGAUUUUUGAAUGUUAGCAAUGGUGCUUUUAUAGCUUUUUCACAAAGCAGUGGCCUCCAAAUAUAUAAAGGAACACAUACAGGAGAGAAACCCUAUGAAUAUUGGCAAUGUUUUAAAACACUUCUACAUCACAAUCAUCUUCAAAUCUGUAAGGAACAUGAGGUUUUGAGAAAUCCUCUGAAUAACACCAAUUAGGGAAAGCAAUUGUACAAAAGAGUCAUCUCCCAACACAAAGGUAUACACACUAGAUAGAAACCCUAUGAAUAUAGGCAAUGUGGUAAACAUUUUAUAAGUCACAGUAGUCUCUAAGUAAAUAAAAAGAGACACAGUUGAGAAAAACACUAUGAAAUGAACAAGUGAACAGAGCCUUGUGCAUUAAAAUCUUCAAAUACAUAAAAGAAGACAUAGAGGUAAGAAAUCCGAUGUCUACAAGCCAUGUGGUAUUCCUUUCACUUGUCAGUCAUAUUCAAAGACACAAAAGAAAACAAAAUGUAACAAAAGGCUGAGUGUGUUUAAUAUGGUGAAACUUUUUGAAUAUUUUAGAGUCUUCACAAUGAAACAAUUCAUACUGCAAAUAAAUUUAGGAAUAUAAUAUGGUGAAACCUUUUCAGAUUUCCCAAAUCUUCAUCAUUAUGAAUGGGAAACCCAUAAAUGCAUUCAAUAUGGGGAAGCCUUUAAACAUUUCUAAUUCUUUAUAAUCCUGAAAAUAAUCAUACAAAGUUCAAGGGGAUACAAGAAAUGUUUCUUAUUGUCUUGCUUGAGUUACAGUCCUGACAUCCUUUGGUAUGAAUAUCAAUGUGGAAAUUGUGAGUGGAUUCCCUUUCCUCCCCAACUGCUUCUUGGUCAUAAUGUUUAUGCAGGAAUAGAAACCCUGACUAAGACAAAUUGGUAUCAGGAGUGGGGUAUUCCUGUGACAACCUGACCAUGUUUUGGGAGGACUGUGGAAGGACUUUGGAACUUUGGGUUAGAAGAUCCAUUCUGUGUUAAGAACGCUGUGGGAUGUUGUGUAGGAGCUUGGAAGAUAAUGUUGAGAACCGUGCAGAAGAUGGAAGCCUGGCUUGUGAAAUUUCAGAGGGAAAAUUAAAGCCUCUUUUCAGGGCCAUUGUUACUUUGUGAAGAUUCUGUGGUUCUGGUUAACUGGGGCUGAAGAAUCAGCUGUGAUUAACAAGAUAAUAGAAUUUCUAGAGUGAAAACUUUGCAUUACUGGGACUGUUGAUGCUGGUUAGCUGGAGCUAAGAAAUUAGCAGUGAUUAAGAAGAAACCAGCAUCAUUGAAGUGGCAUCAUCUGUGAAGUGUUUUCUGAGAGCACAGAGGAAGUGUUCUAGAGAUAAUCAAGGUGGUACCUUGUGCUGUGGCUGGACUUGGUAGUGUGUAAGUCUUAACCUCGUGGUACUGGUUUUGAAGGCAUGAAGGGAUAAUGCAGAGCAGCUAAGGCCCAGCACUUUGAGAGACCAUGGAAGGCAACUGGUGAAGGUGCAGACUCAGGUGAAAUUGAUGGCCCAGUACUGAAGAGAUCAUGCAGUGUGUUGGAGUUGACAGGUCCAUGAUUGACCACGAAGAACAGCAGCAGCAGUAAAGUACAUGCAUCUGGAGCCUAGAGGACAAGUGGUGUGCUACAAAGGACAGGGUUGGAAAAGUGACCCAAGCCCUUGGUUCUUUUGAAGUUGUCCAAAAGAUCGUGAGUUGGAUCCCAGACAUUGGACAGUUGGAGUUUAAUUUUUACUUUUGAUUGUGACUGUGCCCUGAUGUUUUUCCCUCUUGAAGGAAACAAGUAUUUUAGUGGAUUCCAUUGUAAAAGGCUUUGGAUUUUGAAGGAUAUUGGAUAUUUUAAAAGCAUUGAACUUUUAAUAUGUAAAGUCUGUGGGGCUUUCAAAGUUGUGUAUAUCUCGGGCAUGAAUAAGAAACUAAGAGUUGAGCAUUGCUAGUGAUGUGUUUGCGUGUCAAAUUGACAAGGUGUCAAUUAUACUGGCUAAUUUUGUGUCAACUUGACACAAGCUGAAGUUAUUACAGAGAAAGGAGCUUCAGUUGGGAAAUGCCUCCAUGAGAUCCAGAUGUAAGACAUUUUCUCAAUUAGUGAUCAAGGGGAAAGGCCCCUUGUGGGUGGGACCAUCUCUCUGCACUGGUAGUCUUGGGUUCUCUAAGACAGCAGUCUGAGCAAGCCAGGUGAAGCAAGCUAGUAAAGAAACAUCCUUCUGUGGCCUCUGCAUCAGUUCCUGCUUCUUGACCUGCUUGAGUUCCAGUCCCGACUUCCUUGGUGACGAACAGUAAGCAGUAUGAAAGUGUAAGCCAAAUAAACCCUUUCCUCCCCAA